UCAAACGUCCCACAUUUCUUAUAGGUUUGCAACUUACAACCACUUGCUGGCGUUCUGGAGACUCAUUGAGCCCGCGUCCCACAACAUGUUUCGUUUGAUCAGAGUCAGGACAGCUACAAUGAGCGAAGCUGGAGCAUCAGGCAGUACAUCUUGUCAGUCCGUGCAGCCCAUAGAUGAGUUUUUCCUCUUCAUGGUCCAUCUCUCAGUUGGUCUAACAGAGAGAGAUCUAGCCCACAGAUUCAAUAUCCAUCAGUCUGCCGUGAGUCCAAUCAUUACAAGCUGGACCAAUUUUCUCUAUGCCAUUCUUGGAUCUGUGCGCAUCUGGAUGUCUGAAGAGGCGGUCAAGGCUCACAUGCCAAAGGAGUUUCAGGACUAUCCAGACACACAUGUUGUGAUAGACUGCAUAGAGCUGCGUUGCAAAACACCAACCUCUCUUCUGCUUCAAGGUGAAGGGUCCCAUUGCACCUACAAGGGUUUAAUUGGCAUGGCACCGCAUGGUGCAGUCACUUUUGUGUCAUCCGUGUAUGCAGUAAGUGACGAGGAGCUUCUGAAGCAGUCUGGGAUUGUGUCACUCCUGAAACCUGAAAUGGCCAUUAUGGUCAACAAAGGGUUUUUUAUAGACAACUGUGUACCGUGCAAAGUUUACCGACCUUCUUGUCUGCUAAAGAAGGAACAGAUGCCGGCUGAGGAAGUGAGGGAAACUCAGUCCAUUGCUCAGCUCAGGGUCCACAUGGAGCGUCUUGUCGGCAGGGUGAAGCAACACAAGCUGUUGGAUACGGUCAUUCCUCUCUGCGACACCAGGACCAUCAACCAGCUAUACACUGUUGCUUGCCUCCUUAUAAACUAUCAGAAUGGCCCCUUGUUAAAAGCAUGGGCAAAUGAUUAAAGACCAGACAAAACACUUGCUGUUGGAGGAUAGAUAUCAAAGGACUUUAAUGUAAAUGUAUAGAUACAAAUAAA